CUAUUAAUACCAUUCAUAAGCGCGCCUCCAAUUCCACCUCCGCUUUCCUACUACUACUUCUCAGGUGCUCUCUCUCUCUCUAGAUUUCUCUCUCUCUUCCCAACACUACUGAUGGCUGACUUUGAACAUUCUUCAUCUGAUGACUCCUCUGCGGACACUGGAGCUGAGUAUACCAGUCAAGAGUCAAAGCUUGAAUUUUCAGAAGAUGAGGAAAUCCUGAUCACUAGGAUGUAUAAUCUUGUUGGCGAGAGGUGGUCUUUGAUUGCUGGGAGAAUUCCAGGAAGAAGUGCAGAGGAAAUUGAGGGUUAUUGGACCUCAAGGUACUCCACAAGCGAAUGAGAUGCCGGAAAAUUAUGGGUGUGUCCUCCAUUAGAGCAAGAAUUUUUUUGAUGAUUGUAGCAGAGUUUGGUUGUAUGGAAUUGGUGUUUUGAUUGGCUCAAGUAUUGUGUGGAAUUGGUCAGUUUUAUUUGCUUAAGCAAAUACGUAGUAAAACUCUGGCUUAUUGGGUUUUAGUUAUAAUUAGUGGGGGGCAUUUUUUGCAAAUGCCAAAUUAAGUUUGUACAAAUUGUUCUUCUUAUUGAUAUGGUGUUUGGUUUACAA